AUGGUGCUGCUGCUCUCCCUGCCGGCCCUCGCCCUCCGCGACCCGCGGUUUGAGGUCUCCAAGGGCGCCAGCGCCAAGUACUCGAUGCUCUUCAUGCUGCUGGGCAUAGUGGCGCUGCCCAUGUGGGUGCCGCAGGUCGGGCAGCUCGUCCUCACCUUCACAGUGGCGCUGCCCGUGUGCUACAGCGGGAUAUGGAUUGCGUUUGGCCUCUUCAGGGCGUACCACAACGUUUACUUCCUGCAGGCAGGCGGGGACGGAACAGGGGAGGGGUUUGAGGGGCAGGGGACGAUCAGCAUCAUUGUGGCAACCCUCAUCAUGUUUGGCGGCGGAGAGCUGAUAGGCCUGCCCCGCGCCAUCACGGGUGUCUGGCUAUCACUCUAUUCUGUCUGCAUAUGCAACUUCCUGAUGACCCCGGCUCUGGCCCAGAUGCUGGCGGUAGUGGUGACGGCAGCGCUGGCUGUGGCGGCGGUGCUGGUGACUGCGGUCUACUCUGUGGUGUUCCCAGAGUACUGCACAGACAUGGUGUGGCGGGGCCACCACGAGGGCCUGGAGCACCUGCUGCACAUGGCACACCACACACUCAACUCAAAGCCGCCGCGCCUGAUGCAACGCGGCAUGGCCAGCGAGGCGAGCCGCUACGCGUCGGGCGGCAGCGCGCGCCGGGCGCUCCUGGUGCUGUCGGACCAGCGGCCCUCAGCCGCCGCGCCCGACGACCCCCCCAAGCCGCACGUCAUCAUCGACGCCAGCCCCUCAGAGGGUGACACCAACGAUGACCUGGCGGCCCCCAGUGCGCAGGGCGCGUACGCGAGCCUGGCUGGGGGCCCGCUGGGGUGGCGGCGCCAGGGCGCGCGCGUGGUGCUGACGCCGCUGCAGAAAGCGGAGCGGUCGUACCAGCGCAUGCUGGUGGCGAUGACGGCGGGCGCCAGGGCGGGGGUGGGGGCGCGCGCGGAGCUGGUGCUGGGGUUCUGCGGCGCCAACACGCGCAAAGGCUGCCGCCCAGACCCCGCUGAGCUGGCGAAGUUAAGGACCGAGGCGUCCGCGACAGCGCUGGGGCUCUACAAGCUCCAGGCGGGCCUGCAGCAUACAGACGCGGAGUCGCGCGUCGUGCUGCGCCUGGUGGAGAGCUCAGGCGGCGCGAGCUGGGAGACCCUCAAGCGCCACCUGCUGGGGGCAUUGCAGGAGGUGGUUGACGCGUUCCCGAUGGAUUACUACCCCCCACCCCGCUGCCUCAGCAGCAAUCACAUCGCCACCCUGGAGGGCCAGGUGGCAGAGCUCAACGCGACGCUGCUGAGCCUGGCCAAUGACAGCGGCAACGGCAGCGGCAGCGCCGACACCGCGGCCGGCGGUCGAGGCGACAAGCCGACCCUGACCAGCGCCAGCACGCGCCUGCAGGCCACGCUGAUGCUGCAGCAGCUGAGGGACACGGCCGCGGACCUGCGGCGGCUGCACAAUGCGGCGGCAGCAGCGAUGGAGGGGCUGAGCCGCGCGGCCUACGGCUUCCUGGGGUUUCCAUGCUGCAGGCCCCAGGCUGCGGGUCGAGAGAGCGAGUGA